CUUCAGAUGGAGAAGAGGACCUUCUUCACCAUUUGUGGCAUGCUGGAGAGCGAGAUCCGGAAGCAAGAUACCGGUUGGAGGAGUGUGGUGCCGGUGGAUGUUCGACUGGGGGUGACUUUGUACAAGUUUUUCAAGAACACAGAUUACUUGGAUCUGGCGGACAAGUUCGGCAUCGGGGAGUCCACAGCUCAUGAAAUUGUCAUGGACACUACUGUGGCGAUUGUCAAGUGUCUCAGGUACAAGAUUCAUUUUCCUUCAACCGCCAAGGAGGUUCGAGCUGUUACUGCUGGCUUUCGACAAGUGACAGACUGGACGGCGAGAGCUACUACGACCGGAGGCAGCGGUACUCAGUCAUCUUGCGUUUGUGAUGCCCAGAAGAGGUUCCUCAGUAUCUACGCUGGGUGGCCAGGACGCGUCCACGACAUGAGGGUUUUUCGUAAUUCAACCCUCGGGAACAAGAUUGUAGCAAGGGAGCUGCUGACAUCGCUCACGGUGUUAGUAUAUGGUGAUAGGAUCAAGCCAUACCUAGUGGGGGACAAAGGGUACCAACUCCAGCAGCAUCUGAUGAUUCCACACACAACUCCGAACCCGACACCAUCCAAGGCAGCUUUCAACCUUCAUCACCACCUUGCUCGGAUUGUUAUUGAGCAAGCAUUUGGACUUCUUAAAAUGAAGUUCAGAUGCUUGGAUCAAAAACAAAGGAUCCAGCCAAAGUACUUUCCUAACAUCAUCAAGAGUUGUUGCAUCUUGCACAAUUUCUUGAUUGAUGUUGGGGAGACUGAUCUUCGGGCGGAGAUCCAAGCUUGGAGGAAAGAGGUGAAAAGGCUCAAGGACCAGGACCUCUUUGUUGAUUACAGUGAUCCCGAGCAAGCGGAAGGGGAACCUUGUGAGGAGUUGCACAGUCCAGAGGAUGCAAAAGAGGUUAGAGAGAACCUCACGUUUUCCCUCUGUCUUUGCCAGUGGCGUUCGUGUUUGCUUUGAAAUUUGCCAGGAUAUAAUUCUAAACAUUUGAAUUUGAAUUUGAAAUUUCAAAAUUUGAAUUAA